UCCUUUUUUCUGACUUCCGUCUUUCACAUGUGCACCACAAAAGUAUAUCUAGCAUGUUUAGUAAAAAGGUUUAGGUUAGAAAAAGUUUAGAAAGAUUAUUUUAGUAAAUCUGUUAAUAACAACACAUUUUUUCAGGUAUCAAAUUCACAUGCUUUGUCAGAGGUUUUCUUUUAUGACUACAUCAGAAAUUUUUUAUUUUUAAGAGCAGGCCGAAGCAGCUUUUCUGUGUCCGUCCGUGUUAAACAAUGCUUCAAAGUGUGGCUGUUCCAUUACUCUGUUUGGUGGUAUGUUUCCAUCAAGCAGUUGAAGGUGAAGCUGUGAAUAGUGUUAUUGGUUAUAUCAACGAGUCAGUUGUGCUGAGGUCAGAAGCUGAUCCAACAUGGACUCUUAAAAUUAUCCGGUGGUCAAUCUAUAAGAACACCACUUACAUUGCAACCUUUAUCAAUAAUGAAAUUAAAAUUGAUAGGUUGCAACAAUUCUCCGGUCGACUUAAGCUCAACACAAAUACCGGAGAUUUGACAAUUCUAAAUGUAAAGGCUGGAGACUCUAUGGAAUACACCGUGUAUCUCGAAGGACAACAAAACACACACACAAAAAAGAACAAUAUCCAGCUGAAUGUUCGAGAACCUUUCCCUGGGCCCAACAUAACUCUGCUGCACAGUUUUCUGGACGAAGGGACAUGUGUAAUCAAGCUUAGGUGUUCCCACCUCAGCAGUAACAUUUCUCUCAUGUGGAAACCUGUCUUUAAUGAGAGAUUCUGGAGUGACCCUCCUAAUGUCACCAGGGAGUCAGUGAUGUGGACAAACUACAGGAACAAAGAUGUAACCUUCAUCUGCAAUGCUACUGAUCACAAUCUCUCGAAGUCGAGCCAACUGAGUGUGAAAUGUCCUGAGACAUGUCCAUCCAAGAGCUGUUGCAUAUGGUUGAUUCUGAUCCUUAUUUGUUUAUUAGUUGCAAUAUUCUGUAUAUUUAGAGGUCAGAUCUCGCGAUGCAUUACAGCCUGUUGGAAUUUUUUAAAAUAAUUUUUAAAUAAUUGUAGCAUUUCUUUGGUUUGAUUAAACAUAAGAAUACAGAUAUUAUUGUUAAGGUUAUUGUUAAUGUUAUAAGUUGUGAAUAUAAUAUUAUGCAUGUUUUUUUUUACUUUGACCAAUAAAAUAAGGACAAGUAUGAAAAUA